AUGGUAAUGAAAGGAAACAGUAAACGUAAGAGUAUUUCCUCUAUUAUUGUGGCUGUCUUAUGGAUAAAUCAUCCAGAGGGAGACAUAGACAAGAUCCCUCAAAAGAUGUAUGACGACCUGCCUACGUCGUCCCAAGCAGUAGCCGAGGUAGAGGACGACCCCAUGUACCCUCUGUGCUGGGAUUGCCAUUUUUACGCUGACUGCAACAUUGUCGGCUCCUCCCACACUUGCACUUGCAAGCCAGGAUACACAGGGAACGGAAAAAGCUGUAUCAACCCUUGCCAGCACACGGUGUGCCCUGAGGGAAGCUUCUGCAACCACACCUUCACCGGGAGCUUCUACACUUGCACCAAAUUCCCAGCGUGGUUGGUUGAGUCCCCGUGCCCAGACGGUCAAGCUGGGAAUGGCACCGUCUGUGGCCUCGACAGUGACAGAGACGGAUACCCUGACGUGGCUCUGGAGUGCCUCGACCAACGCUGCGCUCAAGACAACUGCGUCUACGUCUACAAUCCGGACCAGCUCGACGCCGACGGUGACUACGUGGGCGACGCCUGCGAUCUCGACAUAGACGGAGACGGGAGGAACACGAGAUUCGACAACUGCCCUUUGGUCAUCAACUUCGACCAGGCAGACUACGAUGACGAUGACCACGGAGAUGCAUGUGACAACUGCUACGCCGUCAAAAACCCGAGCCAGCGUGACAUAGACGGUGAUGGCUUGGGUGACGAAUGUGAUGAUGAUGCGGAUGCUGAUGGAAUCCCCAAUGCCAAUGACAACUGCAUCAGUGUUAGUAACCCUGAUCAACUGGACUCUGAUGGAGACGGCGUUGGCAACGCUUGUGACAAUUGCCUUCAAGUACCUAACUCUUUUCAAAAUGACACAGAUGAAGACCUUGUUGGCGAUGAUUGUGAUACCAACAUUGACACUGAUAGCGAUGGCGUCCAGGAUGAUUUAGACAACUGCCCGAACGUUGCCAAUCCAGACCAGCGCAACCACGACGGCGACGCAGCUGGCGACGCGUGUGAUGACGACGCCGACGGAGACGGCGUCCUCAACGGCGUCGACAAGUGUCCUCUCGUCCACGACCCGGACCAGCUCGACGUAGACGGAGACGGCGUCGGAGACGUCUGCGAAAACGACUACGACCAGGACGGCGUCCACGACGCCCUCGAUAACUGCCCCGAAAACAAUGCGAUUUUUACCACAGAGUUUGUGUACGGGAGUAUUCGGUUUGGCGGCGUCGACUUCCAGGGAACAUUCAUCGUCGAAGCCACAGACGACGAUUUUGUUGGGUUCGUCUUCAGGUUAGUCCAGAUUGAAGCUGCUGUUAUGACCACAUUUGCAAUUCUCACAAACUGA